GGUACUGAAGCGGAGCCGUAAUCAUGUAACCAGCGAGAGCACAGAGUCGUUAAACGCUGUAUCAGAGUCUGAAUCCUGUUGUAAAUGUCAACAAAACAACCUUGUCAACUGUCAUGAAUUUGUCAAGAAUUUGGCAAAAUACAAGAAAUUUUCAAACAAAAAUUGUUUUCAACCAAAAAUCACCCAAACAGACACGAAACCCCGACAGUAUUCAGCCAGAACAACACCCCAACAUUUAAACAAACUCCAUUUGAAAACUCCUAACAAAAUGUGAAUCUCCUCUGGGUGAGUGUACUUUCUGUGUAGGGUCACGUCGAUCAUCAACUCAAAAUUCAUAUAUACCAAUGGCCGAAGAAGGUGGUAAGACUGCGGACCGGGUGCCGCGCGUCCAAAACAACAAUACAAAAGUCCAGGUCGUGGCCGGGCCUCGGGUCGUAACAAUAAAAAAGACCGAAACGGGGUUUGGGUUUAACGUGAGAGGUCAGGUCAGCGAGGGCGGACAAUUGCGAAGCAUCAACGGUGAGUUGUACGCCCCCUUGCAGCAUGUCAGCGCUGUGCUGGACCACGGCGCUGCCGAACUUGCUGGAAUAAGGAAAGGAGAUCGUAUAUUGGAAGUAAAUGGGGUAAACGUGGAAGGUUCCACUCACAAGCAAGUAGUGGAUCUGAUUAAAUCUGGCGGAGACGUUUUGAGGCUCACCGUGAUUUCUGUUACUCAACAGGAAGCAGAAAGAUUGGAACCAUCGGAAGACACCCAAGUCUACUACGACUAUAGCGAAAAACGAUCUUUACCCAUCAGUAUUCCAGAUUAUCACUACAAUGAAAGAAGCGGUGAUCGGUACGUUGCAUUUAAUAUUUACAUGGCUGGCAGGCAUUUGUGCUCGAGACGAUAUAGAGAAUUUGCCAAGUUGCACGCGGAUUUAAAAAAAGAAUUUAUCGGUUACAAUUUUCCAAAACUGCCGGGCAAAUGGCCUUUUACGUUAAGCGAACAACAAUUGGACGCCAGAAGGAGAGGCUUGGAACAAUAUUUGGAGCGGGUGUGUGCAGUUAGAGUAAUAGCAGAAUCUGAUAUAGUGCAGGAAUUCCUUACGGAUCCUGAUGAUGAAAGCAAUAGCAUUCCUGUAGAUUUAAAGGUCCUGUUGCCAGACAGGGAAGUUGUCACUGUGACUUUAAAGCGUAGCGCAAAUGCUGAAGAAGUUUACAAUGCUGUAACUAAAAAAAUUGGAAUGGGCAAGAAGGUUGCUAAAUAUUUUUUCAUUUUUGAAAUUGUAGAAUAUAAUUUUGAAAGGAAACUACAGCCAACAGAAUACCCUCAUAAUUUGUAUAUUCAAAAUUACAGCACCGCUACUAGUACGUGUUUGUGCAUAAGAAAGUGGCUGUUUUCAAUUCAAAAAGAGCUCACAUUAAUGACAGAUCCUCAAGCUACGUCUUUUAUUUUUUGGCAGGCUGUAGAUGAAGUAAACAGAGGCUACAUUAACGCUGGCGAGCGUUUAUAUCAAUUAAAAGCCCUACAAGACAACACAAGAGCAACUGAAUAUUUAAAAUUAGCACGAGAACUGCCAGGAUAUGGAGAAAUCGUUUAUCCGCACUGCGCGUGUGAUUCCAGAAAAGAUGGACACGUUAUAUUGUCAAUAGGCACAAGUGGCUUAAAAUUGCACGCCUGUCUGGAAGAUGGCACUUUGGAGAGUCAAAUUGUGGUCCUCGAAUGGGACAGCAUUCGACAAUGGGAAAUCGAUGAAGAAGGCAUGGCAUUUUGUCUUAAAUAUAAUCGGCAAGAUAAAACACCUCGAUGGCUCAAAAUAUUUACACCUUAUCAUCAAUAUCUUCUGGAUUGUUUCGAGAGAUUUAUAGAAGAAAGCAAAUGGUUGGAUUCAAAUGAUUGAUAUCGUUGUACUUUAAAAAUGUAGCAAUUCUGUUUUCAAAUUUAAUGUUUAGAUGUUUAAAAUGUUCUUUAAAAAGUCGAACAAAAAUGUUUUAAUUUCUCUCUCCGCCUCUCUAAGAGUAGCUAUGUAUUUGCUACCAAAAAAAAAAAUCUUUCCGGAAAAGUAGUUUUAAGAAAAUUUGCAAUGAUGUAUUUGUGAGAAGAAUAGUCAAUAUUAUGUACUUGUUUUUAAAUUUGAGAUAUAUUAUAUAGAGAAUUGAGUUACUCGAAUACUUUUAAAAAGGAAGACACCACAUCAAGGUGUUUUUUUUUUAGGUAAAGUUGACUAGGAUAUUUAUAGCCAAUUUUUAGAUGUACCUAAUCUAAUUGUAAACUAUUUAAAAAAAUUACACGUAAUAUAUCGUUUUUGAGAUUGUUGUAGGAUUAAAAUGAUCUGUGUGUUUUUUUCUUUUUAACUUUUUCAUUUAGGUUUUCCAAAAUGGAGCAUUUUUGACAAUACUCUAUGUAAAAGGAUUGUGAUUUUUUUUUUUCAAUUUCCAAAAUGAGCUUGCAGAUGUAGAGAGCAACAAAAUGCUGUAUAAAAUCUCGAUAUAAUGUUUCAAUACAAAGUGUCUUACCCUGUAUAUCCGUUGCUAUUCCGAGUUCAAAGAAGUUUAUGACAGAUUAUUUGUAGGCAUUUGAUUGUGCAAUUUUUUAUUUAUUUUGUCUACCAUAUAAUAUGUUCAAUGAUUUCCAAAAUCCCCAUGUACUUCCUUUAAGUUAUUCCAGACACCCUGUAUAUCUAGCUUAAGUGUAUUUAAAAAAUAGAUAAAUGUAGUUUGAAAAUAGAGGAAUUUUCCAAUUUUCUAACUUUUUCCAAACACCCCGUACAGGUUUGAAACUUCAGGUUUUAAUGGAAAGUCGAAUGGAUUCAGGAUUCAAAUAAAACACAAAUUUUAAAAAGCAUUUUGUAUAUUUUACCAAGUGAAACAAAAGUAUAUACAAAAUAAGAAAAAUCGUGUCACAAACAAAUAAACUUUUAAACCAAUAAAUAAAAAAAAAAUCGCUUUGCAAAAUAACUUGUAAAUAUUAUUAUCAUUUAAAUAUUUUGAAACAAAUAUCACCUUAAAAAUUAAUUAAUACAAAUAUAAUAUAAAGUAAAAAGGGAUUUUUCGAAAAGUGGACAGUCUUUAGGUAAAUAUCUUAUUUAAUUCAUUUUUAUAUUAUUUUUAAAUCAGGUCCAAGACAGAUAUUUUAUACUAUACAAGUAAUUACAGACACAGAUAGUUCAAUAGUUCUUUUUUUUUAAUAAUUAUUCAACAAACAUCGAAAAUUUGAGAGACUAAUAUUAUUAAGGAGCGGCAAUUUCAAGUUAACUAACUGGAGUUAUUUAUUAUUAAAAAAAAUCUAUGUAGUUUCUCCCAAAUAUAAUUCUUAAAGAUAUGUAAGAAUAAAUUAUACGUAUGUAUUACGAUUGUUAGGAAAUUAGUUUUUUUGACUUCCUACCAAAAUCGUAUUUUCAAUAUAUAAUCUAUGACACAUUUACUUAUAUAAUAGUUUUAUUGACGAAUUAUUAUGAUAAUUAGGUUUGCAAAAAUGAAUUUUGCUAUAAAAAUAAAUAAUUAUAUAAAACAAAUUGGUUAUUUUUGGAACUUAAUUUUAAAAAUGUUAUUGUUUUAUAAACAAUAUUAAUUAAAUUAUUAUUAUCUUAUAUCGCCCGAUCCCUACAUCUUGCAGACACACAAUACCACAAAAGUAAUUUUGUUUUUGUUCUCAUCAAAAAUAUUUUUAAUACAGAAAUGAUGAAUUUCUUAGUCAAUUUGCCCAACUCAAAUGAUUACUUUUGCCCAUUAAAUUACACAUAAGAAAUUGAUUUAAAAAAAUGGCCUAGCUACUAAUCAGAUUCGUCGUCGACCACCUGAUCGAAACCUUCCAAAUCGGCCGAUUGCAGGUACCCCUUCAUAAGAGCAUAUUCGAUAAGAGCUAAAUGACAAAAUAUAUACUGAUCUGGCAUUUGGAUGGAAUAAGCUCGUUGCGAUCGUAUCCUUUCCACUGUUCCUCGAAUAUCGGCCGUACCGACAUCUUCUAAACGUGAAAUACAUAUGUCUAGAGUACAAAACGUACCU